CAAUUACACUAACCUCAACACCGCAGCACGUUCAUUUCAUUAUACAAAAAAAGCAGAUAGAUAGGUUGAACUCCCUUUUUCUCCCCUUAGAACCAAACUUUCACCAACCUUCACUUUCUGCCUACCAUGACGGCCAAGGAUUGCGGCAACCAUGGCAAAGGCCGGCGGCAGCGCAUCCGAAGGCUCUUCGGUUGCCUUCUAGUCUUCCUCCUUAUCGUUCUCAUCACAAUCCUUAUCAUUUGGGCAAUCCUCCGCCCCGCAAAACCCCGCUUCAUCCUCCAAGACACCACCGUCUAUGCUUUCAACGCCUCCACUCCCAAUUUCCUCACUUCUAAUUUCCAAGUCACCGUAUCCACCCGAAACCCCAAUGACAGAAUCGGGAUUUACUACGACAGGCUCGUCAUCUACGCCACCUACAGGAACCAACAAACCACCCUUAGGACAGCUCUCCCUCCAACAUACCAGGGUCAUAAUGAGAUCAAUGUUUGGUCCCCUUUCAUCUACGGGAACAUGGUCCCUAUAGCUCCCGAUUUCUCCGUCGCUUUGAAGUCCGAACAAGCUGCCGGAACGAUCUUCAUGGUGAUCAAGAUUGAUGGACGGGUGAGAUGGAAAGUUGGGACUUUCGUUUCAGGCAGGUAUCAUCUCAACGUUAGGUGUCCGGCUUAUAUCACUUUCGGGAGCAAAAACAACGGCUUUUCUGUCGGAGAAAACGCUGUUAAGUACCAGCUCGUCACCAGAUGCAGCGUCAGUGUGUGAGAGAGCACUCAUCAAUAUCAACAAAGAAGAAGACCAGGCAACUAACGCCGUUUAAUCUAUAUUAAAUCUCUCUCCCAGUUUCUUACUUCACGCCGUUAGUAUAUUUUAUUUAUUUUCUUUAUAAGGGGAGGAGGAAAUUGUACAUUUUGCUAUAGAAUAAAUGAAAAAUGGAAAAUUGAAAGCUAAAGCAAAA